AUGAGCACAGACGAUCAAGCUAGAGCAUCUUCUUUGUCUUUUUAUAGAAGAUUUAAAAGAGUUAAUAAGUAGUUCCAAGACCAUAGUGAGGAUAAGGAAAAUGACUAGUCUUCAUCUUUUUAUCUUACAAAUCAAAAUUGCAGCAAGAGUGUCUUGAUUCAAAAUAGCAAAACUUAGAAAUUUAGCAAGAAUGCAAUCAACAAGACCUAAAAUUAAUAUGAUUCUUCACCUGAAAGCCUAAAUAGAUGCGACACAAAAUCAGAUCUUCACGGAAAUAGCUUUAUAAACGCUUAAAAUACUCUUAGAUCUCCUAUUAGUUCAAAUAUCUUGUUGCCUUCAACAAAAUCAAAUAUUCAGAAUUAAAAGGACUUGAAUAGAAAUUCAAGCAAGUUAUCACAAAAUAAGUACCUGAAAUAAGUACUUCAAGCAUAACAAGAUUAAAACUAGAAUAAAUAGCAAUAGCAUUUGCUUAAUCAAUAGCUUUAAUUGAACUCAAAUGAAAACUCAAGCUUCUUACAAAUAAACAGUGGUAAAGAAAUGAUUUAUCCUUAAUCUCAUCAGUCGUCUGUAUAUUAAACUUUGAAUGCAGGAAAUAUUAAUUUGAACAAUCAGCAAAUAUCUUGUCGUACUGCAUUACCAGUAAUAGGAGGAGAUAAUUAAAACUCUAAUGCAAUUUAGCAAGAAAUUUAAAGUCUGUGGAGUCAGCCUAACCACAAUUAAAAACUUGACUAAGAAAAGUACAAUAUUUUCAAUGAUGAUUGUAAUAUGAGAAGAUUAGCUUUGAUGAACAGUAGUAAUAAGAAAAGAAAUAGCCAAAGGAAGAGAUAUAAUGUAAACUAAGAAUUAUCUCCUGUGUCCUCAUAGUCAGGUUUGCUAAUUAACGGACUAGGGGAUUAGCUUAGCGAAUCUUAAUGCAGAGAACUGUAAAAACUAUCUAAGAUUCAAAAAGCUAGCUUUACAUAGCAUGACAAAUAUAAAAAUCAUAAACCAAUCAAGCAUCAUAAGAAUAAUACCUAAGUCUUAACUUAAAAGCGAUGCUCUAUUUAAAUUGAAUAAAGCAUUAGUCCUUAAGAUUAUAUUAAAAACGGUGCUAAGAUAAAUUCAAGCGAUGAAGAGGAGGACUAGAUAAUUAAAGCUGGCAAGCUUCACCAUGAAAGGUCUAAUAGUGGAAACUACAAAACAAACUCUCAUUAUACAAAUAAUAAUAGCACUUAGAAUAACGGCAACCCUAAUAACAUUCAAAGAUUUAUAUUCUUAGGAACUGAUUCAACUAUUACACCAAGUAAUAUAAAUGGGAACUCAACAAAGAAUGAAUUUAAAUAAAAUUUGCAAUAAGAAAGCCUCAUGGAUGAUAGUUGUGGGCUUAAUAAGUACAAGAACAAUGCCAAUCAACAGAUGAAGAAUUAGAUCUCACCGAUACAAUAUCAAAAUAAUCAAGGCAAAAUUUUAGCAAUUAACAACAAUACAGUAUCUGAUCAUAAUACUUUAACGAUUGAACAUGCUUCCCCUUCUAUCUCACACCAAAAUCAAAAUACCUAGAAUGAUUAGUAGUAUUUCUAGCUUACUAAUCAACAAAUAAGCACUAUCAGGAAAAAGAUGGAAGCUAUAGCAAAAGAACUUGCUGAAACCGAGGAGAUAGGCUUAGAUGAAAAUACUCUAAUGAGAUUAUUUGACAUGAAAGCUGAUAAAUUACUUAGUAUGACACAAAUCAACAAGUAAUUUACUUUUGAAGAAAACUUGAACUUCCCACAACUUAAUCAAAGUUAAAGUUAAUCUAAUAGCAAUUAAAGUUACAACUAGCACUACUACUCUAAUCCUUACAAAUAAGGAAGUCAGAAUAGAAUAAGGAUAAUAGAAGAGUAAAGUUCAAAUAAUAACAGCUUCAACUAAAGAUCAAUAUCUAGAUAAAUGACAGGAAAUCAACAAGUGGAUACAUUUUUAACUGAUUAAAUGGAUAAUAGAAAUCAAAACCUAAUGAACAAUGUCUUUAAAAGAGAAGGAUCCAACUAAACAAUCAGUCCUAAAUCAAGAAAAUCAAAUUCAGCCAAGUUUAAUGAACACUUUCAUAAUUUUAAUGAUGAAGAAGCAACAUAAAAUAAUGGAAUCAUGGGAAGACAAAAAAAUUUGUCCAAAGAAUUUAGGGAUACAUUUGCUGUGAAAGACAUCAACUCACUUUCAUAGUCAGCUAUUGGUAUUAAUAACUAAACUCUAGAAAAUCUAGAUCAAUCUUGCAAUAAUGGAGUGAGACUAUCAGUAAGCAAUUUAAAGUUAAAUUAAACAUCCGGUGCUGGUUACUUAAAUGGUUACGGAGGUGAUUCGACCGUAAUUAUUACGAAUCAUAAUGGAUGUGAGGAAUCAAAAUAUUAUACUUAGAACUAAUUCUAAGAUGAUUCUAUAGGAAAUCAUUUACUUAAAUCCGGUUCAUCUAAUAAUAGAUCAAGAAGAUCAGUUGGAAAAUCUCUUAGAGGAAGCUAACUUAGGGGUAGAUCUGGACUUUCAAAUGAGAAUUCUUAAAAACGAAGUAAUAGGCAAUCUGAGGAUAAAACGUCAAUAAAGUAAAGAUCUAGCAGCAAGAAGAAAUAUAGUACCAUUAAAUCAAGAUUUAUGGAGCACUAUAAGACUUAAAAUUCCUAGAUAAAGAAAGAUCAUUCCUUAACCAUUGAUAACAGAGAAUCUCUUAAUAGACAUAAUCAAUCAUCAGUCUUAGUAGAUCCAUUUGCAAAUGAUCAUCUGAUAUCACUCUCAGAUUAGUUUAUCAACAAUUAAGCUUAGAUUUAUGUGGCACCUUAUAGAAAUAUUCCAAAUGUAUCAGAUGGGUUGCAGCAAUCAUAAAAAGGAUUAAUUCCUUAAUUAGAAAACAGUUAGUAACAGCAAAUUAAUUUAUAGCAACAAAACAAUCAAUUUUUAAGCGGUUCAAAUAAUAUUUAAGUUCAAUAUCAUACUGAUAAUGGUAGCAUCUAGCACAGUCAUAAUAAUAGAUAACUUUCAAAGACUCCAGCCUUUCCUGGCUAAACUCUAAAUAAUCCGAAAUCAAGACAAGCAGUUAAAAGUCUUAAAAGCAGAUCUUUGAUUGCUAAGAGAAAAUCUAGCACAGGGAAGUAAAGUAUGUAAUCCAACAAAUAGUUAACACCUAGUGUUAGCUAGCUAAGAUAGUAAAGGUAAAACUCAGCUUAAUCUGGGCUGACUUAGAAGUCCAACAAUCAAUUGAAAGAAACAUAAAUGACAAACUAAUCUAGAUUCACGCAUCACAGAUUUGAUUCCUAAUCAAACUGCUCUAAAUCAGCUCAUUCAAAGUAAAAUAGAAAAACUUAGCAGUCAGCACCAAGAUGCAACUGCUUAUAAAAGCUUUAAAUCACUAAGGAGACAAUAAAAAAUGCCCUCAAAGUCAAAUAUGAUGCAAGAUUAAAAGAUAUGAAGCAUUAGUUUGAAGCGAAAUUUAAGAAAAAUGAACAAAUCUGGAAAGGCAGAUUAGAUUGCCAUAAAUAAGCAUUGCAAAAGGAGCAAUUAAAGAGCCAAGAGCUAUAAUACUUGAUAUAGGAAAUGAGUAAAAGAAUAUCAAAGGUAGAGAAAAAGAACAAAGAAUUUUACUCAGUAAUUAAGAAGUAAGGAUUGCAAAGUAAUCUUAACAACACCAACUCAGCUUCAUUUGGAGCUUAAUAGCAUAGUUUUGUUUAGAAAAAUGAUUAAUAACUUCAAACUGAUGAUUUAUAAGAGCAUUAGAAAGGAUAAAGAAAAAGAAAAAGAAGAGGUUCAAAGCUAGCAUAGAGAGCUUAUAAAAAAUCAUCCUUAACUACAGAGUAGAACAUUUAAGCUAGAAUUAAAGACUAGAGCUUAAGCUCUCUUUCAAGCAGCGAAGAUGAUGAUUUAAACACUAAUCAGCAAGAGAAUAUGGGAAUGUUAGCAAAUAGUAUCAAAGAAGAUGAGGAUAAGCUUAGAAGAAUAGAGAAAAUCUUAUAUAAAAAAUGA